UUCUGUGUGGAACUGAACCAGGGCUCGUUGGACAGCGUGAGGAAGUGGAGAGGACCACGGGGGGUCUGGAAGAGUACCGUCUCUGAGAAACCCACAGGACUGUCCAACAAGGGAGUCAGUUAUUCUGGGUUCCUGUGGGACAGCUCUUCUGGGAUUGACCUGAAAGAUGCUUCCGUCCUGGAGAGUCCUGUUGGCAACGGCAAUGGGAAACACGCCCGGCCGUAUCUUGCCCACUUUUAUAUUGGAUCGUCUGAGCUGACGAUGGUCAAUGUCCACAUGAGAGCUCCGGCCGUGUCUGGGGCUGAGGAGUCCAACGUUAGGAACCACCACUCUGAGGAAGUCAAGGCCCACAGACUGACCUCUAGUAUCCAGAAGGCACUGAAAGUUCAGAAGGGCCUGGUCGUGUUGGGGGACUUUGGCCUUUCCCCCCAGAGCAGUGAGCUAGACCAGCUGAGGAAGGAGCGGCUGAGCCCCCUGUUGCCCCCCAACAUGUUCACCAACAUCAGCACCCGCUUCCCCCAGGGCUCCCUCUGUCUGGACAACAUCUGGGUCAGCAAGUCACUGAAGAAGAUCUACGCAGGUCACUGCGUGGUGGUGCGGGAGGGCCUGACCAACCCCUGGAUACCUGACAACUGGUCGUGGGGCGGGGUGGCGUCCGACCAUUGUCCUGUCAUGGCCGAGUUCUUUGUGGACGUGGCGCUGAAGGAGCUGAGAAACAGAGUUGCCGUGGUAGAGAGAGGAGAAAGUAUGUCGAAACACGAACGGUGACGACCACUCGCGGUCGCCACGGACAUACAGAUGUGGCGGGAGAUUGUGACAUCAUGACAUGUCAAAUUGACCUGACUGUGCUCUGGACUGGAUCCUGCUUUGGUCUGGUUUUGCAGUGGAUCAACGGGUGGAUUUACCUGACGAAUGUGAAUUGAAGCACCGAGAUUGCCUUUUUAGUUUCCUUUAUCAAUGUACAGUAGAGACUAUCAUGACAUUGUUUUGGAGUAAAUCAUUUAAGAGGUGUGUGUAUAUAUGUAUGUUAUAGACAGACAUGAGUGUGCCAAAAACAUUUUUAAUAUGUAUAUGAAAUAAAAGGAAAUGAAUAGACAUUC